AUGUCUAGACAGUUUGGGGUGACUCCUCCGGUGAGCACGGCAGGAUCGAAGCCGGAGGAUCGCAAAUUGAACGAGGAGAUGAUUGCGGAGCUAAAAGCGCAGGGCUCGUUCGAGUCUGAGGCGGAGACCCGCAAAAGAAUUCGGGUUCUCGACACCAUGAAAAAGCUCGCGAAUGAGUUUGUGUACCAAGUUUCUCUGACCAAAAACAUGAGCGAGGGGAUGGCAAGGGAUGCAGGCGGUAAAAUCUUUACUUUUGGUUCUUACCGCCUUGGCGUGUAUGGUCCUGGAUCCGAUAUCGACACCCUUGUGGUCGUUCCCAAGCACGUUUCUCGUGAGGCAUUUUUUGAUGUUAUGGACAAGCUGCUGCGCAAAUGUCCUGAAGUCGAAGAGAUCUCCCCUGUUCCUGAUGCGUUUGUGCCUAUUAUCAAGAUCAAGUUCGACGGCAUUUCUAUUGAUCUCAUCUGUGGACGGUUAGACCUCGCUCAAGUUCCUGCCUCGCUGACCCUCGAAAAUAACGAGCUUUUGCGAAAUAUUGACGAAAAAGAUUUGCGUGCUCUUAACGGUACACGUGUUACUGACGACAUUCUUCGACUGGUGCCCGAGCGCACCGUGUUUAAGCAGGCACUCCGCGCCAUCAAGCUGUGGGCCCAACGCCGAGCAAUUUACGCAAACAUUAUGGGCUUCCCAGGCGGCGUUGCCUGGGCCAUGAUGGUUGCGCGAAUUUGUCAACUGUAUCCUAAUGCAGUUGCUUCAACUAUCGUGAACCGGUUCUUUUUCAUCUACACCCGCUGGAACUGGCCCCAACCGGUUCUCCUCAAACACAUUGAAGAUGGACCCCUUCAGGUACGAAUUUGGAACCCCAAAAUAUACCCCCAGGACCGCUCGCACCGAAUGCCAAUCAUCACACCAGCAUACCCGAGCAUGUGCGCCACGCACAAUAUCACUGCGUCGACCCAGCGGGUGAUCAUGCAGGAGCUGAGUCGUGGAUUAGAGCUCACUCAGGAAAUUAUGGACGGUAAACGCACAUGGAAGGAUUUCUUCGAAAGGCACCGGUUUUUCCACGAGUACAAGUACUAUAUGAAGGUUGUUGCCGCUACAAAGGGGACUGCUGAGCAGCAUCUUGCCUGGAGCGGCUUCAUUGAGAGUAAAUUACGCCUUCUGGUACAAAAACUCGAGGUGAUCGAUGGCAUCGACCUUGCUCAUCCUUUUAAUAAAACUUUUGAUCGGUCGCUUCUCUGCAAAACUGAAGAAGACGCCCGAUUGGUGGCUGAUGGUAAGCCGCCCGUCAACCCGCUGAUUGUAAAAGAUACCGAAGUCAAAGAAGCAGACGAAGUGGCCAAAACAACUGCUUUAGACGGUAAUGGUGAGCCGGCCCAAGCUGACUUUACCGAAAAGGCCUCUCCCAACGAUGAGGGAAUUGCAGUGGAAACCACGCAUUUGUUUAUUGGUAUCGCUGUCAAGCCUGACCCGGAGGGCGGCAAACGUACUCUUGAUUUACAGUGGCCGUGCAACGAGUUCUACGAUUUAUGUCGUGGAUGGGCAAGCUACGAUGAAGAUGUAUUUAGCAUGUCGUUGAGCAUGACCCGGGGUUACCAGCUUCCGGACUUUGUUUUCGACGCCGACGAGGAGCGACCAUCGCGGGCGCGCAAACAUAAGCGUGCUGGCACGGCUAGCACCGAAGAAAAUGGCGACAUAAAACGCGCUAAGCAGUAA